GCAAGAGGCAACAAGCAAAAGAGCGAAGUUUUGCCACCUGGCUAGUUGUCAGUGGCAUUUUUUUCGUCGCGGUUGCCACAUUUCCAGUCAAGCACCAUGACGUUGUCCGGUGCAGGUGCUGCGGCCGCGCACGCUGCUGGCACGCGGCAGCCCAAAGCAUUGGCGUCGGGCUCUGUCUGCAGCUCCGAUAUCAAGGCCGAGGCUGUAUCGGCCGUACAGCUCCGCGUAGGAGAUCUAUACUGGAAGCAAGAUGGUCCGUACGGCUGGACACUGGGCCAGGUUACGGCCUUCGACCACAACCAGCAGAACGCCACGUACGUGCUUAUCGAUGAGGCCACAGGCGAGCACUUGAGCCGCAGUGAAGACGACGAGCUGCCAGCCGACCUGCAGAUCGAGCAACUAGUGGAUCUGCGACAAACGCCACUUUUUGCCGCCAACCCGUUGUUCAGCACGGCAGCGGACAUGACGUCUCUCCGACACUUGCACGAAGCUGCACUGGCCAAGAACUUGGAAGACCGUGCAGCUCUACAGAACCAGCGUCCAUACACCUUCAUGGCCAACGUACUGAUCGCUGUGAACCCGUUACGGCAAUUGCCAGAGCCUGACAAAAUGCUGUUCGUGGGCCAACCUCUGGACCGCUGUCCUCCUCACCCAUACAACGUGGCAGAGAACGCCUAUCGCCAGCUCUGUGCCGUCCGAGCCGUGAUGCAAAACCAGAGCAUCAUCAUCAGCGGAGAGAGCGGCUCUGGCAAGACCGAGACGUCCAAGAUCAUCCUGGACUUCCUGACCAUGCGCGCAGUACACAACCCCGCGCUUUCUACUGCGUCCUGCACUUCAACUUCCGAUGACGAGAUGGAGCCUGAGAUCACAGCGAACAACCGACCCGUAUUGGGUUGUAUGGGUCCUCCCGGCUCUUCCACAUUGGCAUGUGACGUGGAAAUCGACGCUUUCGGCAAAAGUCUCCAUUUGAAGCCGAAAACGCCCGAAGCGUACUCGUACCUGAACCAAUCCGGAUGUAUGCGCUCGGAUCUCAUUGACGACGCAGAAAAUUUCUGCAAUUUGAAGAGCGCGUUGCAGUUUAUUGGCAUUCGAGACAGCGCACAGCAUGAAAUUUUCCGUCUGGUGGCGGGAUUGUUACAUAUGGGUAACAUUCACAUUAGCCAGGAGGACACAGAGGAAGGAGAGACGGCCUGUAUCCGUCAAGACGACGUGGAAUCUCAGGAGGCUGUACGUCACGCUUCCGAGCUGCUUGGAGUCUCAGUUGAGCAGCUCACUGAGAGUAUUUUACUCAAGCGAAUCAUGACUCGUGGCUCUCGACGCAACUCGAUCUACUUCAUUAAACGAGACGUUCGUAAUGCCGUGUACUCGCGCGAUACAAUUGCAAAAACUAUCUACGAGAAUACCUGGGUGGGCCCUACUCUGGCGAUUCUAUGGGCCUACGACUUCCCCACCAACGCGUACCGAUUGGGUGACACUCGCUUGUUCUUCCGUACUGGCAAGAUCGAUCUGCUGGAUAAACUUCUCACCCCGGCGCCGUCUACCACUGAAAACUUGGGACAACAGUUGCUGCUUUAUUUACGCAAGAAACACUGGAUCAGUGUCACCACUGCCAUCAUCACGUUCAACGCGUUUAAGCGAAUUUUCCAGGAUGUUCGCUACCGACGUCGCGCGACGGUGAUCCAGUGUAUGGUGCGUCAGCAUCUGGCAAGGAAACGAGUGCGUAAGCUUCGCGUGCAGCUUCGGAUGCACAAGCUCUGGACGCGGAUGUCGCACCAAGCGCAGAUCAUGCACGCGUACCAGGACCGUCCGGAGGAUAAGAUGGUGUUGCUGGACAAGUUACUGGCCAAGAACUAUCUUCCUGUUAAGCAGCGCUGGCUGCUCAAGUGGCUGGGACCUCUGCAACGUGUGAUUUACUUGCAGAAGCGAUGGAAGAAGAUCACAGCGCAGUAUAUGGCCAAACGAGGUUUCUUGUGGUUGUUCGAGACUGUCCGUCGCAAGCGUAGCGCUCUACGAGUGCAGUCUCAUGUCCGUGCGAUGAUCGCGAGGACGCGCUUCCUGGAGCUCAAGAAGAAGGCGCUCGCUCGUCAUCGCUGGCACGCGGCGUACCUGAAGGUGAAGGUCUUUGGUCUGUUUAACCGACAGCUACGUCUGAUCCAUGUGGACCGGUUAGAGAAGGACAAUUCGACGUUGAUGAACAGUAUGGCUGCUGUAACGGAGAAGCUGGGUGAAGCACAGGAAGAAGCCAAGACGGCUAAGCUGCAGCUUAAGCAACUGCAAGUUUCGUUCGACGAAGUGAAGAUCGAAGCCAAGCAGCAACAACAGCGUGUCGAGGAACUGGAGCUGGCACUGCAAGCCAGAAGAUUCGAGGUCGCGGAGCUACGCAGACAGACAGGAGGAAGCCUCGUGGAGCGCAUCAUCCGCUUCUUUACGUGCAGUGCUGCCAUCUCGCCGCCGUCUUCGCCUCGUGGCAUGGUGACGCCUUCUCGUCUGCCUUCAUUGAAACGACAGACGCAGUCGGCGUCGGAGGAGACUUCAGACAAAGGCGAACGGAUCGUGUGGGCCACGCCGUUGAGUGAAGCUGUCAUGAUCCCGCAGGACGAAGACAGCAACACUACCAAGCGCCGUCUCAGCGUCACGGCAGUGAGCGAGGAGCCAGCGUUCGACGCGGAAGAAGAAGAAUUCCGCUCCAAGGACGCAGAUAUGCUGUGGUCUGUGUCCCGAUACAUGUUCUAAAGAGUCAAGUGGAGAGUUGCUCGCGACGAGAAGCAAGGCGCCUCUCAUUCGACGUUAACGUCGACUUAUAUUAUUCGCGUAGCGCACGCGCAGUCGCUGUAUGAGCAGCAAAUACUUAUGUAAACUAAGGUUUUUGUGUUUUGCCAGGGUUUUCUCGAUAGGUCUAGCGAACAUUUUUGCAGUAGGAGUCGUCGGAAGCACCUUUUUGCAACCUUAAUUUGAUGCAGUUUGUG